UAGUAGAGUCAGUGUUAGGCUGAAGUCUGCUGGCCUACGAGUGUCUAUUCUUAGUCUGUGUUGACAUGUAAAGUACAAGAGCAAAAGAAGAAAUUAUUAACUGAGAAGGAUCGUUGAACUAUUAUAAUCGGCUCAGAUUCUUUGGGAUUGGUUCCAGCCGCACAUCUAGGAAAUAUCUGAAUCAUGGCACCGAUCAGCACCGAUCUGGUGGGGUGGGCAAUGUCAGAGACACCAGAAGCUGCAUUCCUCUCCAUCAUCAUCGUCUUCAUCAUCAGCAUCGCUUUGCUCGUUAUCUGCACAACCUGUAAAAAACAUUCAUUUCAGUUAGAGGAAAAGACACCAAAGGAGAAAUCUUCAAAACUUGUUAAAGUGGAAGCAAAGGGGGAUGUGGCCAGACAAAACCCUGCCAUUAAUGAAAUCACCAGUGAUGAAAUUGGAAACGUAGAAAUCGGUAAAGAUGCACUCGCCUUCAAACCCUACAGAAGUCACACUCUCAUUCCAGGAGCGAGACUGCAUGGUGAAACGAACGGCAAUGCUGAAGUUUCAGUACAACAUUAGGGUGUCUAAUAAAGUGUAAACACAUUGAGUGGUCUGCUUUUAAAAUAGUUUAUAAACAAGGUUUCCACCUUUUUAAUAGACAAUCGAUAGAAAUUGCCAUUGCUAAAACGUUUUCGCCAUCCUGUAUAUAAACUCAAAGUUGCAUUCCAGCGAAAUGUCACAUGACAAUACAAACACAACUGUGCCUCUCUUAUAUUGUUUUAAUGUCACUUGACUAAAAUGACUUCGCUGUUAGAAGGUGUAACAUCGCAGCAGCUAUAAAUACACGUUCAAUGACGGAAACCUGCAGUUUUCCUCCAUCUUUCCAUAUGUUACCUGUAAAUGCUUUAGUAAACCAACAGUUGGAGACAAACAGUUUCCAGACUAACCAAACCGGACACAUCCUGCUAUGUGCAACUGCUGCUGACUUUAGAGAGUGUAUCUUGCAAAGACAAAGCUCAAUCAAUUCAACAAUUUGGAUGACAGAUCCAGAUCUUCUGGUCACUCCAGUUUGGGAGACUCCUGAUAGCGAUCACUAUUCAGGUGGUCACCCAUUUAAAUGGGUUAUAUACCACACUAAACCAGAACAUCAAGAGUACCACUGUCCAUCUCCACACCCAUCAGAGGAUGAGGUGGAUGAAUCACCAUCACUCAGAAAUAAACGAAAGAAUCCCUUUUUAUAGGCUAAUGAAAUGAAGUACUGUUAAAUUGUUCUGUUUUUGCAUUAAUUCGUUGUACCUUAAUCCCAGAGGUUGACUGGUGUGUAUCUUUUUAAUUUGAUGUAUUUUAACGUAAGCACGAUUGUGAGUGUUUUAGGCUUUAGACAAUGUUUUAGUUUUAGUGGGUACGAGGAAAGUUUUUAACUAUUUUAAUGUUAUGUUUGACCUAUCCACAUAUCCACACCCCAAAUGAAACAUGAUUAUAGAAUUGAAUACAGUUUAUUGUCAUUGUACAAAUGUACCACAACAUUUUUACUCCAUACAAAGCACAACGUACACAAAUUAGCAAAGAAUGGGGGGUAUAGACCUCAAAAACUGUUGUAGUGGUUGAGAAGAUUCUCCCAUCCAAUGUAAAGUGCUUUGAGUGUCCAGAAAAGCGCUAUAUGAAUGUAACAAAUGAAUCAAAUAGUAAUGCAAGUAUGAUUUGAUGUGAACAAAGUCCAUACUGUAGUAGUGCAAGUAUGAAAUAUGAUGUAAACAAGUAUGCAUUAUGAUAUUAAUAAAAUAAAUGUUGCAUUA